AUGGCGGAAGAAACGCUGAAGUCAGGUAUCCUCACGAACUUGUUCUUCGAAAUAAUCCAGAGCCCAGUGAACAUCGCCCUAGUGCUCCUGAUAGUGUUCCUAGUUUACAAAAUAAUCAAGAGUAGACAAAACGAUUUCGCUGUGCCUCCGCCGGCACCUCAACUUCCGAAAUUGAAGAAAAGGGAUUUUACCGUAGAAGAACUGAAACAAUAUGAUGGUACUCAAGAAGAUGGUAGGGUGCUGGUGGCUGUAAAUGGGAAAGUAUAUGAUGUGACAAAAGGAAAACGGUUUUAUGGACCAGGGGGGCCAUAUGCAGCUUUUGGAGGUAAAGAUGCAUCCAGGGGCUUGGCUACUUUCAAUGUAUCAGCCUCUGGUGAAAAGUAUGAUGAUCUGAGUGAUCUGAGCACUGUGGAAAUGGAUUCAGUGAGAGAAUGGGAAUCACAGUUCCAAGAGAAAUAUGACUUCAUUGGAAGAUUGUUGAAACCUGGUGAACAACCUACCAAUUAUUCUGAUGAAGAGGAUGAACCUUCAAGCUCUACAGCAGAAAAACCCAAAGAUGAAUAA